UCCUUCUUUCUUUUUAAUUUUCUGCUUCUCAUGUGGAAUAGAAGAACAGUAAAAAUGUGAAACUGAAAAAUGAUGGUAAGGGUGGGUUGAAAAAGACUGAUCUUAAUUUCAUGCAGGAGGGUUCAAAAUCAACUGAUGGUUCUUUGCAAAAGCAGUCUUUAAAUUCAGUAUCUCUUGGAAAUGGUUCAGAACUAGAAUGCAAUGAUUAUGAUGCCUUUGUGGAGAAAAUUAAGGCUAAUAAAAAGCAUAUAAAAGAUAAACUAGAACAGGCAUACACCAUUAGCAAACUGAAGUCUGAUGUUCAGCAAACUGUUAAACAUCAACUCAAAUUAGUGAAAAGGAAGAAAGACUAUGCAGAAAAUCUUAAACCUAGAAAACAAGACACAUCUUACGGUCUUUCCAGUGAUAAGACUAAAGAAUUAUUUUUUUCCACUGAAAAGUUAAAAAAAGCUAUUAAAUCUAAGCACCCCCCUAAAACAGAUAUACCGCCUGCUGCAGCCAGUAACAAACCAGUGACCAUUUCAGUAACUGCACAAAACCAAAAAACUGUUAACCAAGAAAGUAAAGAUGCAGUGGAUGAAGUUAUGACAUCUGACAAAUAUGGAGAAAUAUAUGUCAGGGGGGAGGAAAGUAAUGAAGAACAGAGAGAACUUAAGAAAAAGGAGAGAUUCAUUAAACAAAUAGCAGUAUCUGUGUCAUCAUCUUCAAGUGAGGAAAGUAGUAAUGAUUUUGCAAAAUAUGUACUUCAGAGGAGAAAAAUGCACAAGGAUCAUUAUAAAGACACAGGAAAACAGAAGCAAAUAGAAGUAGUAGUAGAAAAUGUGAAUGAUUUAGAAGAAAGAGAUACUGAGACAGAAGAAGAGCAGGAUACAAAUAAACAAAGAGAGAGUGCAGAAGAGACCAAUAUAAAAAGCCUGAGUGAAGAGGAAACAAAAGUGAAGAGAUAUGAUGACAAACCUGAUGAGGCCUCACAGCGAGAUGCUAAGUAUGAAAAAUUUAAUCUGGCAGAGAAGAGUGAAGAAAGUGAAAUGGGAGUGGAAGAGGAUGAAAGUGAAAAGGAGAACCAGGAUGAAAAAACAAAUAGUGAAGUAGAAUCUGGAGAGGAGGAAGAUGAGAAUGAGGUUAGAAAAGAUGAUGAUGAUUCCUCAAUAGUAAGAGAUGGAGAUGAAGAGGAGAAAGGUAAUGGAGAAGAAAGUGAAAAAGCUGCAUUACAGUAUGAAGCAGAAGGUGAUCAUGAGAGAAAGGCAACGGCUGAACAGAAUCAUCGCAGAAGAGGCACAGAAGAGAGACGUCAAGAGGGUAAUUUUAAAGAGGAAGAAACAGUGAGCCAGGGAGAAGUGGAGAAGAAAGAUGAAGAAAUGGUAGGAGGAGGAAAGAAGGGUAAAUCUAAGGAGGAGCAGAGUGAAGACACAGAAGUGGAGGCUGAGAGUGAGGGUGGAGAGGAGGAUGAAGAGGAAGAGGAUGAAGAUGGUGAAAGAGAGGAAGAGGGUGGUGAAGAGGAGAGAGAAGAGGAAGAAGCAGAGGAGGAUGAAGAAGAGAGGGAAGUGGAAUGGGAAUAUGAGGGGGAAGGUGAAGAAGAGGGAGAGGAUGAAGAUGAGGGAGAAGAAGAGGGAGAGGAUGAAGAUGAGGGAGAGGAGGGGGAGGAAGGGGAGGAUGAAGAAGAGGGGGAGGAUGAAGAUGAGAGAGAAGAGGGAGAGGAAGAUGAGGGAGAAGAGGGGGAGGAAGGGGAGGAUGAAGAAGAGGGGGAGGAUGAAGAUGAGGGAGAAGAGGGGGAGGAAGGGGAGGAUGAAGAAAAGGGGGAGGAUGAAGAUGAGAGAGAAGAUGAGGGGGAGGAUGAAGGAGAAGAUGAGGAGGAGGAUGAGGAUGAAGAUGAGGGGGAGGAUGAAGAAGAAGAAGAGAGGCAGGAUGAAGAUGAUGAAGAGGGGGCGGGGGGAAAUGAAGAAGAGAGGGAAGAUGAGGGGGAAGAAGGGGACAAAGAAGAGAAUGUUGGAGAAAAAAUAAAAGAAUAUAAGCAUCUGCAAAGACGUAAUAAAAACAGAAAGCAGGAGAAGAAAGGAAGUGCUGUACAGAGCUCUAAACAGAAAGUAAAGACAAAACAUGUAGUGAAUGGAUUACACAAUUCAGAACAAUUUUGGAACAAUGUGCUACCUCAUUAUUUGACACUAAAAUAGUACAGAAUUUUGGAGAUUUACUUCAAACAGAUUCAUUCAGAAUAUUGUUGUGCCAUACCAAGUUUAUUUAGCUAUAAUCCUCUUUUUUUAAAGUGAUUUAAAAAAAAUUCAUCACAAUAAAUGUAUUAUACUAACACCAAGUGCCAGUUUCCUAAAGGGCUACAGAAAACAUUAAGAGUUUGGUGAUUUUUAUCAGACCAAAUUAUCAGACAUAAAUUCUGGUGAAAUCUUUCAUCUUUAUGAUGUACAACACUAUUAAAGUUGCAGAAGGUGAUUCCCUGGGAGACAAAGCAUUUGCUUGACACAAAUUUUGUCAUAAUUUUAGGAUGAUGGCAUGAAUUAUGUGUUGUAACAAUGUAAUUUUAAUUGCCUUUUUAAUCAGAUUUCUGGAGCUGAAACAUUUA